AUGUCCGGAGUUUCUUGUAAGAGUACUUCUGCUUUGUGUGGCAGUCAGUCAAUCAAGACAGACAGACAGACAGACAGACAGAGAGACAAGACACCCCUUCUGCUCCUCUCCCCCGUAAUCCUAGUGACGCCCAGACGAAUCUUACCGACCCCAACAAUACCUGAGAUGCUCUUGGUUGGUGUGGAGAGCCAGGCGAGGGUGUGUUACUUCGGUCUUCCACCGGAACCGGAUCCUGAAAAUCCGGAUCACUGGAUGAAGAUAGUCUUGCAAGAGAUACGGAAGCGUUGCCCGGGAAGGAGGGAACCUACCGCAGCUGUCAUAGCUGAGUGCCCGAGUCCAGAGCCCCUCGGUAUGGAGGACGGGACAAUCCCUGAUGAUCGCAUCACGGCGUCCUAUAGUUCUUCAGGCUACCCUGCCACUGACGCACGUCUCAACGACAAUAAUGUGUGGUCACCAACGUCCAGCUACGCCAAUUCCUGGAUCGAGGUGGACCUCGUUGAGAGUACAGUGGUGUCUGGUAUCAUAACGCAAGGCUUGGCCGGGUGGUAUGUGACGCACUACACAGCGGCGUAUCAGAAGCAGCCCUCAUCCCUGUAUGAUCGCGUGACUGAUGGAAACGGAAUCAUCAAGGUGUUCAUCGGCAACACUAAUGGCAAUACUCCGGUCACUAACCUGUUUGAUGAGAGUGUGGUGGCGACGGUAGUGCGCAUCGAGCCUACUGAAUGGGUUUCUGGCGUUGCUCUGCGCUUCGAGUUGCUUGGAUGUCGCCGGAAUUCAUCCAGCUGA